AUGCCAAAGACCAAAAACUUUCUUUUUCAGAUCAACGCGUCCGUCAUUGCCCGCGUCGAUCGCGGAAAGUCCACCCUCGCCCACGCCCUCAUCCCAAAGGUUAUUAUUGCUGCAGUGACAGCUGGUGAUAUGCGGCUUGCAGACUCACAAGACGAUGGAAAAGAGCAUGGCAUCACGAUCAAAUCGACAGCCAUCUCCAUAUACUUCGAAAUGGAAAAGGAAGAUGUCGAAAUUAUUAAGCAGAAGACUGAAGGCAGGCAACGACUCGGAGUUCUUGAUCGACUCGAUCGACUCACCUGUGUACAGACGGAGACGGCGCUUCAUCAAGCGCGUAUGGUGCAUAUCAAACCUGUCGUUAUCAUCAACAAGGUCGACCGCGCUUUACUUGGGCUCCAAAUUUCAGAAGAGGACUUGUCUUCCCAAGCGAGGUUCGCUGGUCGCUUCGGUGCGCAUAAAGACAAGCUUUUGGCUAGACUCUGGGGUGAUAACUACUUCAACUCUGCCGCUCGCAAGUGGGGUACGAAGGCCUCCGAUGCCAAGGUCAACACGUUCGUCCUCAAUCCCAUAUUCAUGAUUUUCGAUGAUCUCGAAGGCAAUGCUCUCCUCAAGGUCGUCAUGCGCAAGUUCUUGCCCGCUGGCGACUCCCUCCUGGAGACGACAAUUAUCAACCUUUCUUCCCCCGCCUCUGCUCAACGCAGCUGCGUUAAGACGCUCUACGAAGGUCUCAGCGAUGAUGAACGGCGCCCACUUCGGAUAAGGGACGCCUGCGGUCUUGCGUUCUCCGGUACCGUUCGUUCUGGUCCCGAGAUCCAUAUCCAGGGCCCCGACUACGAGCCUGGAAAUAAGGCUGACUUAUUCGUCAAGUCAGUCCAGUACACGGCGCUCAUGAUGGGUCAUUACAUGGAGUCUAUUCAAGAUCGCCCUACCGGUAACUUCUGCGGUCUCGUCAGUAUUGACCAGUUCUUGCUCAAAAGCGGAACUAUCAUCACCUCUGUGACUGCACAUGACGCGAGGGUCAUGAAGUUUUCCGCGUCUACUGCCGUGGAGGUUGCUGUUGAGUGUCCUCGUUCCGCUUCUCCGUUUCUUCCGGUUCCUUCGGAGAAGUCGCAAUCUCAUGACCGCGCCCAGGCCGGAGUUCCUCUCAAGAUCUCUGAAUGUAUCGUCGGUUUCGGCGGGACUGUCAAGGCUGAGUCCUCAAUCGUGGGGCCCUUGUCCAAGUCGCAGAACAAACGCAAUCAUCUCCACCCGGUCCCCACGGCUAUCGAGGCGCCUCCCAGGUCAAAUAUUAAAGAUACCAACAUCCGCGUCAUGAUCUUGUCUAGGGACGCUACCUCAAUAAUCCCAACUGCCCAGGAUGCGACUCCAAGCGCGCAACUAAUAUUUCCUAAUGCUGCGCAAGUGGAGUUAAAUCCAUAUUGCGGGAUGGAUGGGCUGGAUGGCGGCCCCAUGGCAAUACUUUGCUUGGGUGGCUUUUCAGGGGGCGAGGCAUACUUCACCGAUCUCAAGCUCAAACUCCCGUACAGGUCGGGAGAUGUGCUAAUUUUUAGCGCAGGGGACCUCUACCACGCCGUCGGUCCUUGGAAGGCUGAAGGUGGAGUUACGGCUAGGGGCAUCACGCCAGGGCGCAUUGGAAACGUUUUUUUCUCUCCAGCUCAUUCCCUCCAAGCGUUAAAGGAUAAGAGUGCUGGUUGGAUGAAAAGCACUGCCGGGGGAGCCUUUUCUGAGUCCUAG